CAUUUGUUUUGUAGUUCAUAUUUUGUUGUUAAUGUUCAUAGAGGGAGUAUCACUUCCAGGGAUAAAGCGAGCCACGACAUCUCUCAGUCUCUCUGUGCACGCUCGGUCGGCUUCGGUCAGCUCCGAUCAGCGUUGAGCGCAUGCGCAUCGCAUCGCCUCCACGCGCUGUUGACAGAUAUGACAGAUAACAGAUGCAACGUAAGCGUGCUGUCAAAAAGUUGUACCGUGACAACAAAAUAAUAAUGUAGGACGCUAGCAAGGAUCUAAUCGAGUAAAAUCAUUUAUGGCAAUGAGAUUGAAGUUUACUUUGUCCAAGAGCACCAACCAAAACAGAAAAAGAAGGAAAAAUCAAGAAUAAAGUCCGAUUUAAACCGACCGCGAUCAAACUCACUGAUAGCACGCCGGUUGUGUAGGAGUCGAAUUCGCGAAACAUUUUUCAGCCGAGUUUUAUGGUGAUAACAUGUGUAUUAGUCCUCUGAAGAAGAUAUGUCAUUGGGGACCGCUCUCUGCUCUCGGAAUAAUAAAGAUAAUUACGUUAAUGACGAUACAUUGUAGUAAACAAUGGUGGUCACCGCAAGAAAGUAUUCCAGCAGCCACCAGUUUCUUACUGUUUUUCACUCUGAGUGGAUUAACUUUAUUUCAUUUUAUCAGCGCAAUCUUUGAAGGACCAGGAUAUCUUAAGUUAAAAUGGAUGCCGGAAAAUGUUACAGAUAAACAAUACUUACAAUAUUGUAUUAUCUGUCAAGGAUAUAAGGCACCAAGAUCGCAUCAUUGUAGAAAAUGUAAUCGUUGUGUGUUGAAAAUGGACCAUCAUUGUCCAUGGAUAAAUACAUGCGUUGGACAUUAUAAUCAUGGUCAUUUUACAGCAUUUUUAGCAAGUGCAGUUGGUGGUUGUUGCGUCUCUACUGUUAUAUUAAUUUCCUGGGUUACAACUGUAUUAUCUCUGAAACAAUUGCCAUUCCCACCACCAUCAGUCUGUACACUAAUAUUAGUAGUAUUUAGUAUUGGUUUAUCAAUUGGUGUGGUACUUGCAGUAGGAAUGUUGCUGUAUUUUCAGAUGUCAGCCAUUGUGAGAAAUCGAACAGAAAUAGAAGAUUGGAUUUUGGAAAAGGCACGAUACCGGCGAGAUGAUACAGAUGUUGAAUAUGUACAUCCAUAUUCGAAAGGAUGGCGUUUCAAUAUUAGUCAGGUUUUUACAUUGGAUUGCACUCCAGUCGGUGAUGGCAUUACAUGGCCUGUUAUCGAUGGCUGUGAUCAAUAUACAUUAACGAGGGAGCAGCUCGCACAAAAACUAGAUAAACGGAAAAGAGCGCGCAAAUAUAGAGUUGUAAAAACUGCUUCAGGAUCAAGAUUUCCAAUUAGGCAUGGUUGUGGUGUAUUCUGUCAUCCUCCUUGUACUGAUGAACCUCGCAUCAAAUUGGAUAUAGAUGAUAUUGUGAUUGCAACGCGUUGGAAAAAAUAUUGGUUAUUUGGAGAAAAAGAGCAAAAAAAAGGAGACAAUAAUGUUGGAUCGAAACGUAUUAGAGGAUGGUUGCCACGUCCUUGUGUGAUUGAAGUAAUAGAAAACGAUUUAUAUGAUUCAAAUAACUUAUUUAAGGAGAAUUAAACUUUAAAGUUACGUAAUAAUAUUUAUAUAUGCCUGAAGAUGUGUGAACAACUGAAUACCAAAAUAUUAGCAACAUGCUAACAAUACAACAGUAAAUUCACUCAUGAGUUUGCGCAACAGAUUUCGAUAUAUGUAUACCUUCAUUAAAUUAAGUUUAAUUUUUCUGUUCCAGUAUCUUAGAUACUCAAGCGUUAUUAAUCAUAUUGAUUAAUCAUAUUACUAUCAUAUUACCGAUAAUUAUAUUAUCGACAGCAAUUUGACAGACUCUGGGAUUUUAUCGAUAUAUAGUGUAGCCUAAAAAUGAAGCAUUUAUCUUUUAUCAUAUCGAGACAGCAAAUUUCGAGUAGUAUUAUCGUAUCGGACAUUGAUGACAGAGAAACAGAAGAAAUAAAAUAUAAUCUACUCACAUAACAAAAACGCGGAAAAAAUACAAUCUAUUAUUAAGAGAUUAAGAGAUUUACGAUAGCCAUGCGUCAAAUCACGCGCAGCAACAAUAAGAUGUACAUGAACUAGUAGCUUAAGUUUACAUUUUAUAUAAUAAAAUUUUUUUUAUCUUUA